UAAAAUGAUAAGAAAACAAAAUUUGAUAAAUAUUGUCAAAAAUAGGUGAGCAUAAAAUCUCUGUCAACCACAACAACUAAUAACAGAUCUUCAAAAUUAAUAAAUUAAUGUGGUCCAUCAUGUGUAGCAUACACCCAAAAUGAAAUUCUCACAUAUUUUGUGCCACAGAUUAACAAAACACAGAUAAAUUUCAGCUACGAGGCUGUGUACCUGACGUUGGUAGUAGAAAAACCGGUCGCCUGAAGGUGAAGUCUUCGUGAUAUCAGCACCAGCGAUGGAAAUGGAGCGAAGUGGAAUCAUAAACUCGCCUGAAAGUGAGUCGGAUGACAGACGAACGCCUCUUGGUGGAGGUUAUACUGUAGGAAGUAUACCUGUUAAUAUUCGCGGGAAGCCUAUGUUUGAUGCGGAUCUCUCUAAGACAGGAGGCUGGAUUGCGGCCUUUUUCAUCUUUGGAAAUGAAAUGGCCGAGAGAAUGGCUUACUUUGGUCUGUCGGUGAACAUGGUGGCUUUUAUGUUUUAUGUCAUGCAUCGACCCUUCUCGAGUUCUGCCAAUGCUGUAAAUAAUUUCCUCGGGAUAUCACAAGUGUCUUCUGUGCUUGGAGGCUUUCUAGCUGAUGCCUAUCUUGGUCGAUAUUGGACUAUUGCAAUCUUUACAACCAUCUAUCUAAUGGGGCUGACAGGAAUAACGAUAUGUGCAACAAUGAAGGUAUUUAUGCCAAACCAAGAACAAUGUGAUGAGAUAUCACUCCUCCUAGGCAGUUGUGAGCCUGCAAAGACAUGGCAGAUGUUUUAUCUAUACACGGUUCUCUAUAUAACAGGAUUUGGAGCAGCUGGCAUAAGGCCGUGUGUCUCUUCUUUCGGAGCUGAUCAGUUUGAUGAAAAGAGUAAAGACUACAAGGCUCAUUUGGACAAGUUCUUCAACGUGUUUUACCUCUCCGUCACCGUUGGAGCUAUCAUAGCCUUCACUGCAAUCGUCUAUAUCCAAAUGCAACAUGGCUGGGGACUGGCAUUUGGUUCGUUAGCCUUAGGGAUGGGCAUAUCUAAUGUACUCUUCUUUAUCGGCACUCCUACUUACCGGCAUAGGCUGCCUGGUGGAAGUCCAUUGACACGUGUAGCACAAGUUCUGGUCUCAGCCUUCCGAAAAAGAAAUGCUUCUUUCACUACCAGUGAGACGGUUGCCUUAUACGAGCUUCCGGGAAAACAAUGUGCCAUCAAAGGCAGUGCCAAAAUUCCCCAUACUGAUGACUUCAGAUGUUUGGACAAAGCAUCCCUAAAGCUGCCAGAAGAUGGCCCAAAUCCAAGCCCAUGGAGACUUUGUACAGUUACCCAAGUGGAAGAAGUUAAAAUCUUGAUUAAAUUGUUACCUAUACCAGCCUGCACGAUUAUGCUGAGUGUCGUCCUAACUGAGUUUCUGACUCUGUCGGUUCAACAAGCCUACACUUUAAAUACCCACUUAGGCCAUUUCAAAGUACCUGUGACAUGCAUGCCUGUAUUUCCUGCCCUAAGCAUCUUCCUUGUGCUCUCCCUUUAUUACUACGUAUUCGUUCCAAUAGCAAGACGCAUCACAGGACAUCCUCAUGGAGCCUCUCAGCUUCAAAGAGUAGGCAUCGGCCUUGGAAUCUCCAUCCUCUCAGUUGCAUGGGCGGGAGUUUUCGAGAGGAUCAGGAGACAUUAUGCCAUAAGCCAUGAUUACGAGUACAACUUUCUCACCCCGAUGCCAAAUCUGAGUGCUUAUUGGCUGCUAAUUCAGUACUGUCUCCUCGGUAUUGCUGAAGUCUUCUGCAUCGUGGGAUUACUAGAGUUCUUAUAUGAAGAGGCUCCAGAUGCCAUGAGAAGCAUAGGAUCAGCCUAUGCAGCAGUUGCAGGAGGCCUGGGCUGUUUUGCAGCAACCAUUUUGAACAACAUUAUUAAGGCUGCCACGGUCGAUAAGCGACGGAGCAACCUUUCUUGGCUAUCCCAGAACAUCAACACUAGCAGAUUUGAUUACUUAUAUUGGCUUCUUACAGGACUCAGUAUCAUCAACUUCUGUGUUUUCCUUUAUGUUGCUCACAGAUACAAAUACAGAAUAGUUCAAGCAGGAUAACAAUGGAGGAAAGAAGCAUCAGAUCAGCUUUACAUCAAAAACUUUUUUAACCCAAAGUGACUGAUUUAUUUUACUGCAGUUCUGCAGCCUUUACACAAAACAGAAAGCAUGUGAAAAGUUCAUCCCUAGUUACACUGUGUAAUCUACAUUCUUUCUGCCACUUUUAACUUCAA